AAGGAGACGGGGACAGAGAGACCUGGGACUGACAUGUGAACCCAGCGGGCACAGAGAUGGAUAUCGCGGGGCUGAGGCUUUCACAUUCAAAAGUAAAAUUUAUUGGGACUGAACCAGGGGAAUUACACCAGGAGACAAUCACCUUGCAAAACAUUAGCAGCGGCCCCAAAAAGGUUGUCGUGCGGCCAAUUCAGCACAAGUUAUUCAGGAUCAUUGUGAACAAUAAGGAAAAUAAAAUUGCACCUGGAGUACAGAUUUCAGCCAGAAUAGAAUAUUCAGCAGACAAAAGAGAAGACACAAAGGGUGAAUGCAUUGUAUCCAUAGAUGAAGAUCUUAUUAAGAUUCCACUACUUGCGUUUGUAUCUGUUUGUGAUCUUAGCAUUGAUCCAGAAAUUGAUUUUGGCACUGUGGCAGCCAAUAGUAAAGUACUUGUGAAGGAGGUGAAUGUUCGAAAUCAUGGAACUCUUUCAGGCCAGUUUUUUAUUGUGGAUAAAAACAAGCUACCUUUUUUGGUUAUUUCACCCAAGAGUGCAGAUGUUUUGCCGAACACACAGCAACUGGUCAAAAUUGAACUGUGUACUGUCCAGCCGAUGGUCCUUGAUGAAAUGCUUCUGGUGCACUUGGAAGGUGCUGAAGAAACUACUCUGAGAGUUAAGGCAAAUAUAGUUGCCACCUUACUGGAAGUUCUCGAUUUUUCUGGCCAGAAGCUUGACUGUGUUCGGUUUGGUGGUACUUAUUAUGGAACAUCAAAGCUGCAUCAAGUUGUUUUGUAUAACAACAGUCCUGAAACUGUUGAUUGGGUGACAGUGAUGGAAAACAAUGCUGUUGGAUCUGAAGUGGGUACAGACAUAUCCUUGAGUUCAGAUGCAGUUUUGGCAAAUAGGAAGGUAGACGAGCCAUCACCAAUUGCAUAUGCAUCUGGUCUGAUUACAUGUCAACCAUACCAAGGGAUUUUACAUCCAUAUAACAAAACCAUUGUUACUUUGUGCUUCAGUCCAAAGGAUAGUGACCCUUUCAAAGUUCAUAAAGAAGAGAGCGAAAUCCCAGAUUACAGAGAUUAUGCCCUUUAUGUGAGAUUUGAAGCCCUGGGCAGCUGUGAUACGUUUAUGAAGAAAUCAUGUGGAAGCAUUGAGAGAAAAGAUCAGCCGCAAGUUGAGUUAGCACUCACUGGAAGUGGAUUCCGUGUCUGUUUAAACAUCAGCCCAGUGACAGAAUAUGAUUUCAAUGAAUGUCUUCUUGGUGAAAAGGUUUAUGCUAUAAGUACUCUUCAAAAUAAUUCACUGUUGCUUCCACUAUUCUUUCAGUUCCCUAAGAUAGCACAUUUUCGGAUCACUCCUGCAAAAGGAAAGAUUAAGCCAGGACAGUCAAAGGAUGUUAUUAUCUGCUUUGCUGCUGAGCAACUUGGCACCUUUCGAGUAAUUCAACUGAUAAAGUUUUUUGGACUGGUGACAGUCCCAGACAAUCCAAUAAAGUUGAAAAUGCAGCCAUUUCACCAAAUGAAAAUUACUUUAUUAGGUGUUUGCAAAGCUUCCAUGAAGAAUCUGGAACCAAAACCAAUUCCUCAAAUAGCUCCUGCCGUAGCUAAUGAACCUGGAACACUGGCUCAGGAGACAACCGAAAGAAAAGUCAAGUACAUUGAUUCAUGUCCUGUUGCACUUCCUACUGGCCAUGAAAGCAUGCACUUUCAUCAAAACAGAAGCAAAAAUGUAGAAAACAAGGUGCCUGUUUCAAAACCUGAUGACAGGUGUGCAAAUACCAGGUCCAGGAACAGAAUUGAAAAACACAUUGAAAAAACACAACAACAGAUUCCUGUGGAUCCUGAGUACACUUAUAAUGAUGAUGAGGUAGCAACAAUGAAAGCCCAUAAAAAACAUUAUGAAGAUUUUAUUCAGCAUCUAAGAUUGCGUCGCUUGCAAAGGCAGGAUCGCAGAGAAUUUGAACAAUUUAACAAUGCAAAAGAUAUUGGUUUGAGACCUGCAGAAGGACUAGACUCUCCAUAUCCCAAAGUCAUACCCUUUAUGCCAUCGAGACAGCCGCUAAAAAUAUGUUCUGCAGUGCCACCAGCUAGAAAGCCCAAGCUUAAAGUCAAACACAGCAAUCUUGGAGAAAAACCAGUAUUGGCCUGUCAUGAUGAAGGUUCCAUGGGUACAAUGGACCAUUUUGCAAAGGCUAGAGAUGGCCUUAAUGCUGUGCCAUCUUCACUUCAAGAGGAAAUGGAUUGCAGUUUGAUUCUGACACCCCAGCAAAUUCAUCAAAUAUCCAUUGGCCCAACUACAAUUGACUUUGGAACCGUUUGUGUAUAUUCAACAUCAAAGCAGAUUUUAAAUAUUGUGAACAACUUACCCACUCACAUUCUAAUUGAAGUGACAACUGACUAUCCAGAACUCCGAGAGUCCAGCCCAUUAGCUCAGGUGGUACCACCCUUGUCUGCAGCUUGCCUACCAAUAAUAUUUGAAUCUACAUCAGAGGGAGUGUUUCAAAAGUCAAUAGACUACAAGAUAAACAACCAUCAUAUCGGUCGUGUAUUAAUACUGGCAAACGUGGUUUGUGUUGCUCUUGAGCUGUCAAGCAACGAACUGGUGCUGACCCCAAACUAUGGGUUCCUAGCAGAAACGGGCUUCAGAACAACCGUGCGGCUUUACAACAGGCGAAACUACCCUGCACAAUUUAGCUGGAGUCCAAUUCUCUCAGAAGAUGGAAUCGCAUUUUUUAUCCGCCCUGAUGGAGGCAUUGUGGAUGCUUUCAAUGAUCUGGAAUGUGAAGUGGUCUGGCAUGCUUCAUUCUUCUCCCCUAAGGAAGGAGAGUUUGACCUCAUUGUACGUCAUGGGAAAAAACUGAGAUUGAAAUGUGUUGUUAAGUUUGGCCAUGUGAAUAUUCGCUUUGCUGAGAACCGUCUGCUUUUUAAGUCUGCUCCUUGGAAUUUAACUACCAUGAAAACAGCUAUUCUUAAAAAUUAUGGACAAUAUCAUGUUUACUUUAAGGUAAGAAAUGUGCAUCCUGUUCCUGGAAUGACUGUAACCCCUACUUAUGGAAUAGUGCCUGUUGGGGGUUAUGUGCUUUUCAAAAUUUUCUUCCACCCAACAACAGUGUUUAAAUUUGAUACCAGAUUAAAGCUAGACAUUCGUAAUUCAAAACUAUUGAAACUGCGGGUUGGUGGAUCAGUGAUAAGACCAAUGGCAGAAAUUGAUGUGAAAUCUUUUGUGUUCCAUGGUGUUUACUGUGGUUCUUCUUACAUGAUCCCAUUCACUUUAAUGAAUUCAACUGAAUCACCAAUCAAGCUUGAAUUUGACUUUACGAAGUACAGAGAUUUCUCACUGAAUUUUGAAGCCUCUGCAGAUGCAACACAAGAUCUGAUGGAUCAUCAGCUGUAUAUUAUUUCUCUAAGAGGGAAAGAGAGUAUUAAGUGUGAAUUAGUAUUCAGUCCUAAAGAUGUGGCAUCCUAUGAUUUUAAUCUACCCAUCAUUAUCAAUGGGAGUACAACACCAUCUCCUCCUCCAAGUUCUAUACCACCUGAUCCGUAUGAUGAAAUAUCUGUAGGUUCUUCUGAAGUACAAUUACUGAGUCCUGCUACUCCAUCUCGCAGAGUGCAAGCUACCGUACUUUGUCCACCACUUGAGCUCUCAGAUACCAAGUUGGAAUUCUCACUUCUGCCAGGAUACAACGAUAUAGGUGCUAUCAUAGCUGAUCCAUUUGUAAAAAAAAUUGAGAUACACAACACUUCCUCCAAAGAAAUAAAAUGGUUGUUUGAUUUGGACAGUCAACAAAAUUCUGCCCUUGAAGAUGGCACUUUUAGAAUCUUUCAUUACUAUGGAAGUCUUAAACCAGGAGAAAGGCAUUGCAUUACAAUUGGCUUUUGCCCACGGUGUCCAGGCAAAUAUGGAUGUGAUAUACCCAUGUUUAUUAACGAGGACAGAACGAGCCCAUAUCGAAUAAUCACUUUGAUUGGUGUUAUACACACCCCAAAAUUGUUCAUCGAUCCCCCCUUUGUGAUCCUGAACCCAGUUCCUCUGGGCACGGAGAUAUCAACAACAGUCCAAAUUACUUGUUUGGACUAUAGAAGUGACUGUAUACUCCAAGCUGAAGUUCCAGAAAUAGAAACCGAAGACGGGAAUUGGAUUAAUCCUUUUACUUGUCAGUUUCCUGAAGGUUCAACUUUGCCAUUUCAGAGUGAAACCAUUAAAAGCGUAACAUGCUGCAUUACCUUCUGUUCAUUCAGUCCAAUUUCAGUAUCAGUGGAUGUUACAUUAAUUGAUCAGGACAGAAAAAGGUUUGCAUUACCAGUCUCGGCAUCUGCAGAUAAUUGCCUAUUAUCUGUAUAUAGGUAUAUUGCCCUCCACAGUGCAGACCAACAUGUUGUCCUCAAAACUGGAACUAAUGCAAGCAAACAUGAUAGUAUUGGAAAGGUUCUUCUACAAAGCUAUUACACUCCUGCCGCUUCCUCAUGCAGUUCAUCUACCAUCACAAGAUUCUCUCCCUCCACUUCUUCUUUUGUGGAAUCUUUUACAGAUAGUUCUGGAAAUUCAGAUUCCAAAGAAAAGAAAGACAUGGAGGGUGAAGCUGAGCUAUUAGGCAGAAACAACAAUUUGGGAGAUCUCUUGUUUUCUGCUGAGAAUGCUACUGAAGAUAUGUUCUAUCAAAGGGUUCUAAAUGCUGUACGGACUUGGUUCACCCUAUUUGGUUGGCCAGAGGGUAUGAAUCCUGUUUCUAUACCAGAGUCGCUGCGAAGCACAAAACAUAUCGGGAGAGAUACAAAGACAAUUUAUGAAAUGCUCAACCAUCUGAGUGGCCAAUGGCUACCAGGAUUCACUGGAAAGAAACCAUUGCUUGGUGAACCUAUGGAACGUUUGCUACAAUUGCACUGGCAAUAUUCAACACUUCUUACAUUCUUAAAAGCUCAAGGAGCUUGCCUUGCUCAUGUGAAACCAGAAUUCUUACUUGAACCUGAGCAGUUCAAACAAUGGAACCAGCUACAGGGUUGUUCACAGAUCACUGAAAGCAUUGGAAUUUUUAAACUGGGUGAUGAUGUGUUUGAGUCUGUUAGCAAACGUUCAUGGACCGACUUGCUGCUACAGAUCUAUAAGGUUAUGGUUCUCUCUCGACUGACACUGAAGGACAUCAACGACAUUUUAAGCGAUCAGAAACACUUGGAAAAUAUCCCAAGGAUAAAUGUCGAGCCCCUUUCCAGCAAUAUAUAUUCCACUGGUGAACUUGUCCUGCUGACAUGGCUCAACCAUCAUUAUGAAACAAAGAGAAGUGUUGUGUGGGAAUGUUGCCAGAAAGGUGCUAUACCACCAACACGCUGGAUAAUUAACUUUGAUUUAGAUUUGUUGGAUGGUUUAGUGCUUGCAGCUGUUGUAGCUGCUUAUUGCCCCCAUCUGAUUCCAACUCAUUUUGAAAAUAUGUACACUUCUCCAGCUGCUCCUGAGCAAUGCCUACAUAACAGUCUAGUACUCCUAAAAGCAUUUGAUGCCAUUGGCUUAGAUUUUGAUAUACAGGGCACUGACAUCUCAGAUCCAAAUCCUAUCGCAAUGCUUAUGCUGUGUGUUUACCUGUUUGAAAGACUACCUAACUAUCGCCCUAAGAUGACUGUUGAGUUCACCGGUGAACUUCAUGCUACAAUUGUUAAACAUGUUCGAUUACAAAAUCCCUUCAUGAAGGAUUUAGUGUAUUUUGCAACAAUUAUUGGGAAAGAGGCAAAUGAUUUUACUUUGCCCAAUGGAAAUGAAGUGGUCAUCCCAGAAAGGAGUCAUGUUGAUUUAAGUGUAGAAUUCAAAAGCCGGUUCUUGAAGCCGGUAGAAGCUUUGCUAAUUUUUGCAUCAAGGUUGGGGAAAGGAGUAGCAGCCGCUACAACUACAUUUUUACUGAUCUCACAAAUCAAUGGCGUUAAUCCUACUGAUACUUUUAAAUGUGAAUCUCCAUGCUAUAAGCAGAAAAUAAUGCAGUUAAACAUUUCCAACCCCUUAAAUUUAAGGGGACUUUUCAGGAUAGUACUGCUGCAAACCCAGAUCAGUCUUUUUAAGACUGAGGAUAUUGCAUGCAUUACAGCCUUACUUGAUAAAGUGAAGAUGCAAAAUCAAAAGUCUAAAGUAACAUUUAGUGACUUACAACCUGAACCAGGUGGAUUUGGAAAUAAUGAUUUCGGAAAUGAAGUGAUUAACCAAAACACGGGCCAGAAAAUCUCUCUCCAAGCGAAUUGGGUGUCAGAGUUCUUCUGUGGAAUCGAAUCAUUGCAUUUCGAGCCGAAGCGUUAUUCAGUCUUGGAAGUUCUUUAUCUUCCCUUUCACACAGGAAAAUCCUAUUGUACCAUUUUGUUAAUGAAUGAACAGAUUGGAGAAUUUGUGUACUGUUUGGAAGGAACUGGCUGCAUACCAUUGCCUUCUACUGGAUUAGAAGUGUCCGGUCCUGAUGCAAUACCGAACUACUGUGCUGCUUCGGAUAACAAGAAUGCAACGCAAGUAAUUCUACACUACAAAUGUAAUGCCAACCGUACCUUCGAUCAAGAAGUGAAAAUUCCAUUGAUUAAUGAAGCCAAAGAGAAAGCUUUGGCAAUUGCAGGACAGCAACAGAUGUCACAAACAGAAUACAAACGCAGAAAAAUUGCAGGAACUUUGGAAAGCAGCAGUGUCCGAGCUUCAGUUGCAGCUUCCAGUCCCUGCUGCACCCAGAAAAAGCUGCUUCACACCUUAGCAACAGAGUGCACGGGGCCAAAAGUUAUUGACUACUCUGUAGAAUUAUCCAUGCCAAGCAAUUUUGAAAGUCCAGACAAAAUAUCGAUUCCUGUAUCCAGAGCACGCAGAAUGACUGCGGAGUUACCACUGACAUGUGGGAGUCUGAACUUGAAUAAAGCAGAUGAGGAAGAUUCAGUUAUCCUGCCAAUGAAAUUUCUUGCAAAAGGGCCAGGUCGAUACACUUGUCAGAUUCUGCUAAGGUCCCCAUGUGACAUUCGUUUGUACAACAUUACAUGUAUAGUGAAUCCUGAGGACAACUUGGAGACUGAAUUGGAAGUCAUCGCUUCCACCCACCAAUCUGUCAUCAAAAAUAUUCCACUGCAUAAUGACUCACAGGAAGACUGGAAAAUUAAAGCUGUUCUGGAAGGGAAAGACUUCUUUGGCCCAUCAAUGCUGUACAUUCGGGCUUGUGAAACAUCGAUGUAUCCAUUAAUGUUCAAACCAAGUUUUGAGGGUGUGACUAUGGGUAAACUUGUCUUGGUGAAUGAAACAGAUGGCACUGAGCGUACCAUCAAUCUCAAAGGGAUUGGCAAAAAGCCUGUGGCCGUGGAUCAUGUCAUGAUAGACUGCCAAGUAAGACAGAUUACAAGGCAGGUCUUAAUGGUUCCUAAUUAUACUCAAACCAGGUUAACAUGUAAGGUUGUAUCAGACUUAGUAAUAGUCAGUGGAGAACCAUGCAUUACCUUAAAAGCUGGGCAGACUGCUCCAUAUUUACUUAACAUUUUACCUUGGAAACGAGGAAAGUUUACAGGCUUGCCAAGAUGUGAUAGUCCUACAUUGCUCAAUGAGGAGGUGUUGGGUUACACGGGGCAUUUGGGAAAGAGUAGCACCACCUUAGACAUAGUUCUAAGAUGUGAUGAUGCCACUGAUGUGAUCAUUCCAAUAAGGAAUCCUCUUCAAGAACCCCUGACACUUGAUGUAAUGCUGAAUGGAGCUGGGAUUACUGGAGACACUAGCCUGGUAAUUGGGCCAAAAGAAGUUAUUUCAUAUAAAGCUAGGUACACUCCUAGUGUUGUUGGUGAAAGUCUUGGAAGUGUUACCUUCUACUCAGAUCUCAUUGGAGAGUUUUGGUAUGAACUAAACCUCAUUGCAAAGAAGCCAAUGCCAGUUUCCCUUCCAGAAUUGCGGUGUGAGCUGGGAAAACGGAUUUGGCAGGUGAUCCCUCUGGCUAAUUCUACGAUUGAGACUCUGAAAUUGGAAGUAAUUAACAGUAACCCAGGAGCUUUCUCAGUAGAGAUUGAUCCUAGAAAAAGAUUAGUUGUGAAUUCUCAGUCUACGCUUGAAGUACCUUUUCAAUUCGCUCCGUCAACCCUGGGAAAAAUCAAUCAUUGUGCAACUAUUAUCUUUAAGUGUCCUCAGUUCGAAGAGUGGACAUUUCAUCUGUCAGGAGUAGGCUUGCUUCCCCAGCAGAUGGACCCUGUCAGUGUCAGUGCAUGUGUCAACUCUCAUGCGUCAGUUAUUGUGCCCUUUGAGAACCCAACAAAUGAGUUCCUUCUGGUGGAUGUUGUGAUGACAGAUAAUGAACAGGUCACGCACCAUCAAUGUCCUUCAGACCUGCUACAAUGCUCUAACAAAGAGACUGUUUUCUAUAUUCCACUGAAGCAAAAUCAAGGUCUGUUACUUCCCCCAAAAGGAAAGCUGGAUAUCCCUGUGAUCUUUGCACCUGAUGACAUGGUUUUAUAUGAGGGUCUGUUGGUGGUACAUAUUAAGAAGCAAGAUGGAAGUAGUUGGAUUUAUGAAAUGGAUGUAGUGACCAAUAAAGAACUAAGAAGUUUUUGUAGAUCACAAUGGGGAGGCAUUUCUGGAAUUCGAUGGCUGUAUCCAAUUUAUGGUAUCCCUGAAACAUUGUCCACAAAACUGUUGCCUGCUGUGAUUCAGUGUCAAGCUAGAAACAGAAAAGAAGAAACAAUGGAAGUUCAUCUGACAGGUGUCGUUCCUGGCUCUUCAUAUGAAGAUCCAACACAGAUCCAAACCAAACUCCCUUUUAUUUACAAUCAAGAGGCUGGUCAGGGCGCCAGUGCAGGACAAACCCCAGCAGGAGACUUUUUUUAUGAAAUUCAAUUUGACACAGAGAAUGCCAGAAUUCAAAUGGAGUCCACAAUUGCAGUAAACUUUGUGAAGAAAAAUUGGGACACAGAAACAGGCAUUGUCACACUAACUUUCAAUAUUAUUUUUGCACCAUAUAAACCAGUCAGCCAGUCAGCAAUGCUGAAAGUGCAGUCUGCCACUGGUGGAAUCUGGAGAUUCCCAUUAUUGCUGAUUGCCACUGAGCCGCAGGUAGACGAUGUGAUCAAUAUUGAAGCAUUAGGACUAAAUAAGGAAUCUGUCGUUUGCUUUAGGCUUACAAGCCAGACAAGGUAUCAUCAUAAUUUCCAGUUACUUUCAAUACUGUAA